CUUCCCUUUGUUUCUCGCCUUCUCGCUCGCUCUCUGGCGGCGAUCGCAUCUCGCCAUCGCGGAUGGAGGUUUCAGCCACCUGAGGCCGAUCCGGUGGUGCCGGCCGCUCGACCCGCGUCCCCGGCGAGGCCGCCGUCCGUCGCCCGCAGCGUUAUUCUCAGAUCCCGUCGAUCGGAUGGAUUCGCCCGAUCUUGAUUCAUAGACGACGCCGGUGAUCGGUCCCCGUGGAGAUGUUCUUGUGAUGCUGAAGCGCGUGGUUGCAUAUGGUGAUCUGGCGGUACUGUUGAUUUAGAUGCACACACUGUAUUCUUUCGCGGUGAUUCCGGGAAUGAAGGAUCUGAUCUUUGCGAUCUCUUGGUGAUAUUCUGGUACUCGGUGACCAUCGUUCGUAUGAGUAGCACAUGGACAAUUGCAUAACGACUGAUUAUUUUGAGUUAAUUGUUUUAGGAGCUUACAGAGAAAUAGAACUGCAACAUAGCAAGCCAGAAAUCAUGGUUGUUGCUCCACAUUGUUAUCUUUCGCAGCUUUUCAGAUCUUUUGAUCAGGAAUGUGAUUCAUCUCAGAAAUAUUUAAUUGGUUACCUGGUCUUGGCUAAAACUGGCAAGCUAGCAAAGGUCAAAAGGGAUACAUUUGACACAGAUUUCGUUGUUGAUAAUGGAUAUCAUAGAGGAUUAAAGAAGAAAAGAUCUGUGGUUAAGACACAGCCUGGAGGUAGUUAUACUGAUCGAAGAUCAAAUGACUGUCUUCUUCCUGGACUUCAUGAUGAUAUCGCACUAGAUUGUCUGGCCUUAACAUGUAGGUCUGAGUACCCUUCACUUGCCUGUCUGAACAAAAGAUUUAACUCACUGAUUCGUAGUGGAUACCUUUACAAAUUAAGGAGACAGCUUGGUGUUAUCGAGCACUGGGUUUAUCUAGCAUGUAGUCUGAUGCCUUGGGAAGCAUUUGAUCCAUUCAGGCGUAGAUGGAUGAGGCUACCACGGAUGCCAUGUGAUGAUUGCUUCUCUUGCGCAGACAAGGAGUCUCUUGCUGUGGGGACCCAGCUUCUUGUUUUUGGACGGGAAGUAAUUGGUUUUGCUAUCUGGAUGUACAGUUUGGUGAGGCAUGAUUGGUCUAGAUGCCCACCUAUGAAGCUGCAUCGUUGCCUUUUUGGAUCUGGAAGCUCUGGGCACAUCGCUAUUAUUGCUGGGGGAAGUGAUAUGGCUGGCCACGUUUUGAGUAGUGCAGAGUUGUACAAUUCAGAGUGUGGUACUUGGGAGACUUUACCCGAUAUGAAUGUGCCGAGGAGAUUAUGUUCCGGCUUCUUUAUGGAUGGAAAAUUUUAUGUUAUAGGGGGCAUGUCAAACCAUACAGAUCCUUUGACUUGUGGCGAGGAGUACAACAUCGAAUCCAGGACAUGGAGAAGAAUUAGGAACAUGUAUCCUGGUGGAAACAGGGCUACUCAGUCUCCCCCUCUUGUUGCAGUCGUAAAUAAUCAGCUUUAUGCCGCAGAUCAAUCUACGAACGAAGUCAAGAAGUAUGACAAGUCAAACAACACUUGGAAUGUGGUAAGAUCAUUGCCCGUGAGAGCUGACUCUUCCAAUGGUUGGGGUCUUGCAUUCAGGUCAUGCGGUGACAAGUUAUUGGUGGUCGGUGGUCAUCGAGGGCCUCAAGGUGAAGUAAUUGUUCUGCACGUUUGGCGUCCUGAAGAUGGAAACACGGGUGGAGCAGAGUGGGAUGUGCUUUCCAUCAGAGAAAGAGCUGGUGCUUUUGUUUACAACUGUGCGGUGAUGGGUUGUUGAUGCAUGCAAAUGCGUGCUGUUUGUGUGUCAUGAAUUAUAUUAGUCAGGAAAGAUCAGAAGACUUGAUUCAUGAAAUUGCUUAUAUUACUGUUUUUUUGUUUUCUUUUAAGUACUUAAUAUUUUUAAUUCCCCUAUUCAUCGA